AUGGAGGCAAUAUACAACAAAUUCCUAAAUUCUUGUAUUACAGGAUUUUGUCUACAUCCUGGAGGAAAAUAUUUAGCAACUAUUCAGGGGGACAAAAGAAUAAAUAUCUAUGAUACAACUGAUGGAAAACCUGGUAUCUUGAUAAAAACUUUAAGUAAGCAUAGAGGGCGGAUAUCCAGAAUAGAUUGGACUGAAGGUACAACUAAAAGUGAAGGUAUAUCCUUUUUACUUUCUAGUGGUGAAGAUCGCCUAGUGAUUGUUUGGUAUAUUGAAGAGAUUAAUCCAUCAGAAUUAGGUGAAAUUAUUCCUCUUUUAAAUGUCUUACCAUCAAAUUGCAUUCCUACUAUAUGUAGUUUUAGGCCUCUCUAUAAUAGUAACUGCUUUUCGGUUGCUACUGCAAGUGGAGAUAUUUUCUUCUUUUACAAAAAUAAAGUAGAUUUCUGUAAUUCUAAUAUGUCUAGAAAGGCAAUAAUAAUGAGAUCUCAUACAUAUGUCCAACAAAAAGUAGCUCUUACUGACUUACCAAUUCUUUGUUUAUCAUGGAAUCUUAAUGGAACAAUGAUUGGAUGUGGAACUAUGGAUGGGAAGGCUAUAAUUCUAAAGUUAGGUAAUUCUAUAAAUAAUGAUAACCAUCUCCUAUCUCAUGACCAAAUUGAAGUUGUGCUUUCUAUUGAAGAACAAAGUUCAAUAUUAUCAUGUGACUUCAGUCCCGAUAAUGAAUUGGUUGCAUUUACAGGAAGAGAUUGUAUUAUCCACAUUAUAAAUUUGAAAAAACAAGGUUCACUUAAAAAUAUAGAGCUUAAAUGGUUUGGAUUACCAUUUCAUAGUAUAAAAUUUGUUAGAAAUUACUUAAUUGUAGCAGUAGGUCAUGACUGUAUACCAAUUUUAAUUGAGAAAAGUACUAAAUCAGAGUGGAUAUUUAUUACAUCUGCAAGUAAAGAAAAUAUACCAUUAUACCUUCAACCUGAGUGGCAGGGUAUUAAUGACCCAACAGAACUUUUUAUAUUAAAUACUAUACACAAGAAACCAAUAACAGAUAUACAGAUCAUAGACUCAAAGGAAAUUGCCUGUACGAGUCUAGAUGGAAUUUACUCUCAGUGGAAAAUAAAUUAA